AUGAACAUUCUAGCACAGCAUCUAAUUGAUGGCUAAUGCUGUUCAUAUAGGCAAGUCAAUGAUAAAAAAAAUCCAGAAUUAUUAAGGAAUAUAAGGUUUGAGGCCAUAAAGACAUUUGUAACCUAAUCUGAUAUUUAAGAUUUUGACAUCUUGAAUAUCCAAGAAGUAGGUCCUCUUGAUUAAGAACUUAUGGCAAGCGUUUUGGAUUUUCUAAAUGAAUAGGAUAAUAAGUAUGCUUACACCACAUCAUAAAAACCUACAGGAGCUUAAUAACUUAAAUGUGCCACUAUUCAUAAUAAUAAGAAGCUCUAAGAACUAAAUGUUGAUAGCUUGCUAAUUAUGAAAAAAGAAAAAGUUAACUAAUUUGGAUAUUUCCAAACUUUCAGACACAGAGAGGCAUAAAAGCUAUUCGUAAAUUGCAAUCUCCACUUAAGUGGUGGAAAGACGGAGGAAGAUAGAUUGACAAGAUAAACUUAACUCAAUUUGAUUAGAGAUCAUCCAAUUUGGAAAGAUAAUUACCCCAUAAUUUUGGGGGGAGAUAUGAACACUGAGAUUGAAGAGCUGGUUAAGCUUGUUAAGGAGGUCAGAGAAGAACUUUAAUACAUUCACACUGCUGAAACUCUUUACAAUUCUGAGAAUAGAAUUCAAAGCAGAAACAGAGAUGGUUGGAAUGGGACUUAAGUAGUCUAAAGGACAGUUGACGGUCUAUUUUUCACCGGAAUGAAUCUAUUAUCGGUUAUGAGAGCUGUAGAGAAUUUUUCAGAUUUAAUUAAUCAGGACAAAAUUUCAAAAGUUGAGGAUUUAUUGAAGGAAAUUGAGACAUCUUAAGAUACAGACAAAAAGAAUGCAUUGAAUGAUGAAUGCUGGAAUAUAAUCAAGGGUGAUGAACUCGGAUUUCCUUCAGCUAUUUGGUACUCAGACCAUGUUCCUAUUGGUGCAGUAUUUUAGCUAUGA